AUGUCCAAUGCCAACCUUUCUGCUCUACACAGCCGCUUCAGAAGAAAGGUCACCGUGGCUUCACUCGCUGGACGUUGUUGCGAGUUCGACAACGGCAGCAGAAGUCGUCGCGGUCCAAAGCCAAGGCAAGCUGCCAGGCAAACUCAGACCCAGAGAAUCCUACGUCCCUUGGUCCCGCGAUUCCCGAGUUACGACCAGGAGGACGCGCAACCCGCUAGUAUUGAAGUCGAAGACGAGCCGUCUUGGGCGACUCGGGAGAUGCAGGCGGCUGAUGAGCCUCUAAAUCUGAUCGUCGACGAUGACAGCGAGGGCGAGAUCGGACACGAUGGCAAUGAUGACUGCGGCAGCAGUACUGACGGAUCCUCUACACCUGAUCCGCUUCAAUGGAAGUCUGGCCUAGAAUGCAUCUUCUUCGAAGAUGACUCCAUUGCCGAUGUCCGCAUAGUCUUCCAAGCUUGGACGUUUGAGAACGCUGCUACCGACCGUCGAGAUACACUCUCAUCUAUCCAGCGGGACGAUGCCCCGCUGCCUGAUCCUGGCCGCGUACAAUUCGCCGACUCAAUAGCACGUGAGGCACGCAAUUGCAUACGGAUUUCCAACGACGCAACAACUCAAGUCAACACCAUCAAAUCUACCUGCAUCCUUGUCGAUUAUUCCGCCAGCAAGGCUCAUGGUCGGCAGGCGUGGGCUGACAUUGAGGGAGAAGACGCAUUGAAUGCUGCAGAGCGCUACCUUGCAGCGGCACAGUUGACACAUUGUCUCGGCCAUCCGCGUCUCUACCCGCCAUGUCUACGGCCAGAAGGGAAAUCGAAACCAGAUGCUAAGUGUGCAAACCUCGAAAGGGGCUCUCUCGACCUCGUGAACCUACUAGAGAUCCUUGUACGCGUUUAUCAACUUCAAUCUGUGCCGGUCAAAGAGCAGAAACCACCACCAUGGGCUCCACAUUCAAAAUAUCGUGCGUUGCAGAACGAGUUGGAAGAGCACCUACUUCAUUACCCCGACACAUUCCGUCUCUUCGCGAGGUCUCGCCCUCGCGAUUUGAAAGAGCCCGAUAUAGAUGAGUUGAUCUCUUCGCUAAUGUGGCAUUGCUGCGUCGUUGUUCUGAAUCGUCCUUUUCUUCCGAUUCUGGCGAGAACAUCAGAAGAGGGCCGAAUUGAUCAAAUUGCCAAGAAGGUUUAUUUUCCGGGAGCACCGCAUCUGUUUGUGAAGGAAAAGGUAUACCGCUGCGAAGCUAGCGCGGACGCCAUAUUCAACAUAUCUCGCAAUAUUGUGAGAGCAAACGUCUUUCACUCUUAUGCGACCCUCGUAGGGUUUGCGUGCACGCAAGGCGCCCUGGUAUCCAUCAACCGAAUUCACUGGUCUUCAAAGCCACACGAACCGACGAGUGCAGGCAAUCUAAGGAUGACUCUUACCGUGCUAGAAGCCUUGAAAACCUUUUACACCCCAGCAGAGGACUGGAUAAAUACACUUACCCAGGCUCACGAUGCAAGCAUGCAGCCUGCACUCACUUCUGAUGAUCUGGAUCUAGCCUUCCGUGGCUAUUUCAGUAGGUUCAGCGAUAUUCGAGAACCCACAUUCGUUCCUCUAGACCCCAGAGAGAAGGAUACGCCACGAGGUGCUAUUGGAACUCCCGAGUCGGUCCAAAGUCAAGAGCGCUGCCUGGAAAGAAAUUCUAAAAACAGUGACUUGCCAAAUACCACCACAUCAGACAGAAACUUGGACUGGCUCAAAGAUUAUGCUGGACACCUGUCUGGAGACAUUGAGCCGGACAGCGAUUCGGACAAUUUUGACGCCGAUAGCCAUACUAUGGCAGCUCCGAAACAAGUACUAGACGCUAUGAUUCCAGAAUCAGGGUCUGUCGAGUCAUCGGAACACAUGGGAGCUGCAAUUCUCACGGCCAUGUCGAGUAGCAUGUGUAGUCCAGCGGCGCAACUCCGACAGUCUCAACCAGAACAGCUUCAGCUGGAACAUGCUCGGGGUCUUGUGCAAAUGGACAUGGAUGACGGAAUUUCGGCACCGUUUGUCCAUAUGCCCUCAUUCUCGGAAGUCAUGGGGCUCGGCUUGAACAUGGCCAUGUUCCCAGGGCUGGACCUUGUUGUCGGCGGUCCAGAUAUGUCGCCUGAUGUGUUCAAUCAUGAUACCCAAGUCGUGGCGUACUUUGUCAGUAUGUUGAGGACAGGCGUUCUGAUACUGCCCGGGAACGAGCAGUCCCGACCCCCCGACUACUACCUUACCAUUUGCCCGCCCAGCCUUGACCUCUCUCUAGGCACGGCACCCUCUCCUCUUUCCAAUGCACCAAAUUAUCAGCCUGAAACGGGCUGGAUCACGCACAUGACAGCUACCAUGGAGCGCAACUUGACACCGUCGGAGAGGCAGAAUGAUGAAGGGGCAUGCUGGACGUGUUUUGACAACGGCCGGCAGUGUGAUGGAAGAUUGCCACGCUGCCUCGCGUGCACCCAGAACGGCGUCAGGUGUAGCGGAUACGGAGUCCGGUUGCGAUGGCCAUUAGAUGUCCUGGGUCCGAAGAAGAAAGUAAUGCGACGAAAGAGCAGAUCUGCAUCGUACCAAGACUCUUCUGCGAAUAUAGAUGCGGCGCUUCCGGGUGUCAUAUCCGCCCUUGGACUCCCAGGGGAAGAGAGCUACUACAUGAGACAUUACUUUCAGAACGUUGCCAGAAUAGCGCUGGCCAUUGAUUACGACGCAAACGGAUACCGCUCUUUACUACCAAUGGCCAUGCAGGAGCCCGCACUGCUCAAUGCCGCCAUCGCGGUUGCUGCGUCUCACUACAGCCGCUGGCAACACACCGCCGACACUGUCUCUCGCAAAUAUCACCGCGCAGCGUCAAAGGCGCUGCGCGAUCGUUUUAUAGCGGGGAAUAACAUCCAUCGUCAAGACAUUCUUGCGACAAUGUUGCUUCUAGUCUCUUUCGAGGUAUUCUCGGGCUCGAGCCGUUGGAAGGAGCAUUAUAACGCAAUUCGCGGCUGGAUUCGGUCGCGGGGUGAUUGCUCCGAUCUCGACCCCUUCCUCAAAACCUGGGUCUGCUUGCUGGAUACACAGAGCUCGUUGAACCUCGGACAGCCGGCUAUGCCUGAGCUCGUGUCGUGGCUUGAUGUGCCAGCGAACUCGGAGGAACAGGGCGACUGCGUCGAUGCUCUCUUUGGCUGCUCCUCCAAGCUGGUGAAGCUAAUGUGGGCGGCUUCCCGCCUCUGCACGUCCUCCGGGCACGGUCAGAUAACAAAAGAGGAACUCUGUGCUCGAGCCGAGUCACUACAGGAACAGAUUAAGGCGACUGCAAUUCUUCCCGAUUCCAAUCCUUCACUCAAUAUUUCCUGCCACCAACUUGGUGAGCCGCUCACUGCGAUAGGAAUGGAGCAGGAGGAACUACGAAGGCGGAUCGUGGCAACCGCGGAGAUAUUCCGGCAUGCAUCUCACAUUUACGUCUAUCGUGUUGUACACAGCCCGGAGGUUGCUCUAACAGAGGAUCUCCAGGAAUCUCUCAAUACGGCACAAGAUCUUCUAACAAUGGUCCCUGAUGCUCUUGGUCCGGGGGCCAAUCUGGGUUGGUGCCUAGUGGUUCUGGGAGCUGAGAUGGAUCAAGCACAUGAGCGAGACUAUGUUGAGUCGAGGUUGGAUGGGCUCCAUCUACUGGGACUCGACAACACCAAGAACGGGCAGAAGAUACUGGAAGAGGUUUGGGCGCAUCGGGACCUGGUCAGGAAAGGGCAGGCGUCGCCGGAAAGUUGGCAGGACGCCAUGCAACGUAUUGGUCAGUCACAAAUAUUAGUCUAA